AUGGACAACUCUAUCAAAGCGGUGAAUAUGGCGUUGGCUCAAGCUCCACGCGGGGAAUCUCCGCUCAUGGCCCUGGCUUCCACCCAUUCUCGCCGCAACUGCCCCCCAUGUCUUCGAUCGCACGGCCACCAGACCCAUGUCUGGUGGCAAUCAUUCUCAUCGUGCGCUCGCGCACCGGGCCCCCGCCUCGUUUUCCACUACCCGCCCAACCCGCUCAGCGAGAACCGCCUGAAAACCACCACCAAGGGCGGACGGCGCAUUUCCCGCACCCGCAGCCGACAAGGCCACAAGAACACCGACUCGAGCUCCAGCGAUGAGAGCGGGCUCAGCUCGGACGAGGAUGAGGAGGAACGAGAAAGUCACAUGGGCGGCAGCACCGUGCUCGGGCGCCGGGUGAGCAACUUCGGUCUCGACGAUCAUCUGACGGCAUCGCCCGCGGCAGCGGCCGAGUCGCAGCGACCUGGGUCUCUAGGGUCUGGGAGAGCAUCCUCGCUGCGCAAACGCGCCGGUGCAGCUUCGGAUCACGAAGAUGAUCCCGGCACGGCGUCGGACCGGCCGGAGGACGGGACGGGCAGGUCGGCGCGGCUGCCGUGGGAGUCGCUCUUGGGGUUGCCAGGGAGCGUGUGGGAGAAAUUGUUGAGCCCGUCGCGCUCGUGGCACAAGCGGCGCUUCGAGGUGGGGAUUAAUGACCUGGCGCUGAUCGGGUGGCCGGUCUUCGUGCGCGAGGAUGGCACCUGGCGCAAACAACGACGGAGGAAGAAGAAGAAGUCGCGCCCGGAGUGGGAUGGAGGAGAGCUGGGCCAUAAUGAACAUGCUGAGCAGGGAUUUGGCGAUGACGAGAUGGUGCUCUCGCCCGAUCUGGCGGCCAGUGGCAUUUCUACUGUCGAGUCUCCGGUCGAGUCUAAGCGUGCGGCGUCAACUAGCGGAAAGGCAGGGAAACCCGUCGACGACACAGAUCCGGAGGACAAUGACCAUAUGACCAUGUUCAAUGUGGUAUUUGUCGUGGAUCCUCCGUUGCUGGAGUACUCGAUGCGGGUCAAGGAGAUCUAUGAUAAUAUCAUCAAGAAAUUCUCCAAGGCUUUGAAGUGGGAGCAGGCUCGCACGGAUUAUGUCUGGAAGGAAUCGCAACACAUCUUGCAAGUGAGACGGCGGGCGCGAGAAACAAAAACCUCGGUUCAUAAGCUUUACUCCGACUUAAUAUCUCAGUCAUCGUUGGCGAGAGCCAUGUACACUGUCUACAGCAGUAUUUCCGCGUCCAAGAUCGCCUCUGUUUCGCUCAGCCCCGACGUGUCCAUCUCUCUGCAGAUCCCUCCGCUGACCUCUACGCCGUACCUGGCGGGCCCUAUGGAUCAAUCAUAUCCGGGACUCUGGUUGACGACCGCAGACAGUGCAACUCCCGUCGAUGAUCCGGGUGCUGACGAAAACAGUACUCCCCACCAGGUACUAGCAAAGCACUUUGCUUUGCUCUUGUUGGACAGCGAAGCUGCGAUCAUCAAAGACGUGGAAGCGUCUGGUGGUGCUCUCGCUCCUGCGCUCACCCAUUACAUUCGGUGCUCCAAACCUACCAAGUCGUUCGCACAGAUAUCUGCAGUCUCUGGGAUUUCGCUUGCCACCAUCCAGAUGCUAGCGAGUCACCUCGUCUACUGGCGCCGGGCUCGCGCUAUUCCCCCUAUCCACCAACGAGACACAUACAUUGUCUCGCCUAAUUGUGACUUGAGUAAACUGGAGGUGGCAACCAUUGCCUAUCAGACCGCAUUCCCCACCCUCCCUAGCCUGCCCAAGAUGCUCUCCGCACUCAGCGGAACCCCUCGCCCGUACGGCAGCUUCAUCCCCAGCAAAGAUCACAAGGAGAUCUACUUCUCCAUCCUGGCCUGGCUGCUCCGCGGCGGCUGGGUGACGCAGCUGCGAACCUUUGCUCGGAUCAAAAUCCCACCCGAGGUCAAGGUGGCCGUGGAGUCGGCCCUGCGGAAGGAAGAGGUGGACCGAUACCUGGCCAAAGGCAGCUCCACAUCGAUGUCGUCGACCGAUGAACGAAACCGCUCAGAUAGCCACGAUAGUGACGAUGACGACGCGAAAUCCUCGUCCUCAUCCUCGCUGGCAAGCCACGGCAGCGGCGACGACACGCCCAUGCCCGGCCGCCACGACCCGCACGCCCAGCUGCGCAACUCGCACAAACUCCUGGAUCGGUCAACGGCCCUGCGUCUGUCCUCCCUGAUUCUAUCACCGCACCGCGCGUCCCCGCUCGAGUCGCGCUGGCUCGACGAGAUCGUGGCCCGGUUCCCUGAUAAACCCGAGCAAGACCCGAGCAUGGCCGGCGUCAGCCCGGACAUCGUCCCGGAUGACCUUCAGACCCUUCUCAAGACAUACUGGCCGGUCUUCCUCAAAUACUUUAAUGGCUACGACGCCCUGGAGAAGAUCCCCGUGCGCGAGAAUCUGAAGCGCAAGCAGGUGUGGCAGGUUCUGAUGCGCUUGGGUCUUGUAACGGGGCCGCCUGGCUCCGUCGAGCUGGAUGCGCGGGAGCAGGUUUUGGUGAGUGUUCGGCAUUGGUAG